UCAUUCACCUGCAGAACUGACCGCGAGCAACAGCUUACCUCCUCAACUUUAAAACAUGUACAAGUUCGCGUUGUUCGUUUGCCUGGUGGCGGCGGUGUCAUGCUCGCCCAUCGACCCAUACGGACCUGUUCACAAGCACGAGCCCAAACCUUACCAGUUCGCAUACGGUGUAGCCGAUGAGCACUACGGACCUAACUUCGGACAAGAGGAGAAGAGUGACGGCAAGAAUGUGUUGGGAUCUUACACCGUCCAGCUCCCUGAUGGCCGCAAACAAACCGUGAAGUAUCAGGCGGACCAUCACAACGGUUUCCACGCUGACGUACAGUACUACGGUGAGGCCCAGUACCCUCCCCCCUCCAAGAACCCUCCCUUCGUGGUCAAGCCCCAGCACUACGCACCUCCCCCACCAAGCUACCAUUAAACCUUUUGAAAAUCAAGAGACUUCCUAACAGCAGAUAGCGUAAAUCGGGAUACUCGGAAAUCUUUGAUCGAUGUUCGAUCGAAAUAUGCAGCAACGGAUUAUAUGAAGUCAUAAAUAUUAGUUCAGUGAUGGCAGUACGAUCAUAGAAUAAAAAUAGCCAGCCGAAUUUUGAUUAUGGAAGUAAUAACAUUGAUUAUGACUGUAAUGAAAAAUAUAAUUUGUUGAAAUUCGAUGACGCUAUCACGCUUGUAGGAAGAGAAGACGAGCCGGCUUUGAGGAAUACGCAUGGAUAUUUGUAUUUGUUUCCUGAGCUUGAUUUUGGCCUAUUGUUGAAUGCCAAAGAUCACGAUGACUGCAAUUUUGUUCACGAAUAUUUUUCUUUUUAAUAAAAAUGUUACGUUUC